AUGUCGUACUCUUUGGAUAUGUUGCCACCACACUGCAAGGAUAUUGUUGUUAAAAGUCUAGACCUCAAAUCAAGGUACGCGAUCCAGUUUUUUUCCAAUAAAAAGGCUCAUUCCAGAAUGUCGUACCGUAAAGUCAACCGGGAGGCUAAGUAUUAUGUUGACAAGGCGCCAAUUAGUGUAGCCGAAUUGAAAAUCCGGUACAGAAGAACUAGUGUAAAACUGAGUUUGAUCGAUCAUCAAAACCACACGAGGACAAUUGAAUAUACAUCUGUAGCAGGAGGCAGGAAAUGUCGCUUGAAUAUCAAGAAAUAUGGACCAUUUGACAAUUGGUUUGUUGUUCCAAGAGUGAAAAGAAUCGAAAAGAACCACGUGAAAGCAUUUCUCGAUGAUUUGCAAAUCAUACUCAGAAAUCCACAAUUGAUCAUCAAAAAGCUGGAAAUUGUUACAUUGCCAGAGUAUCUUAUUCAUCAUCGCCUAGCUUAUGGAAACGAAGAUGUGUAUGAAGAGGAAACCGAGUCCAUUAUCAGACAUGAGCGUGCCAAAAAGAGGUUCAUGCAUAAGUUGAGCUCAGCAAUUGCAAAUCUGCCAAGCCAACUGCACGUUGAGUUUCUCCUAGUCAAAUUUUACGACGAUUUGGACGACGUGCUAACUAUUAUUCCGUUUCUCAAACCGACCAUUCUUCAUUCGAUUUAUCUAGGAUGUAAACAUGAAGGAGAACAACUGAACAUCCGGCCGUUAUUUGAUUUGCCGCAGGUUCAACAAGCGAAAAAGUUCACAUCCAAGUUCGCCGUCGAUCUUUCUGCGAAUACCAUAUGUGAAUUACCCUUUGAAUUCACAUAUCUUGUUCAUGAAACGUUUGAGCGUAGUCUCAUUCUCGGCAUGAAAAACGUAAGUUUCAUCCUGAAUCUUUUAAUUCUCCAAUUUCUCUUUAUAGAAGCUGAUGGAAAGAAAUCAAAGAGCAAAUAUCGCAUUCCGCACCUAUCUUGAGAAUCAGCUAGGCAAAUAUAGUAAAAUUCUUGGUCCAAGCACGGAAAGCAAUAUUUUUGAGUCAGCAAUUUGGGAAUUUCCAAUUCCACACUCGAUAAAUAUUCUAAGAAUCGAGUUGGAAUCAGGAGGAAAAGUGAAUUUCAAAGUGGCCCCGCCCAAUGAUGCGAGUUUUGAGAGUAAGCAAAUUUCUCAUAAGCGCAACUACUACAUAGUUACCUACUUUUCAGCUCGUUUGAUAACUCCAGAUUAA